AUGCCCAGGAUAUUGCCCUGGCACCGAGCUGAGAACAAGGCGUCUGUCAAGAAAGAGACUACACCAAGGCGCGUCAAAACAGAGGGUCUUCGUCGCGACCUCACUCCGAAACACCUUCCGACCUCACCAACCAAGCGCGAUUUUUUCAGAUCAUCUCAGUCCCCGCCAAGCUCUCCAAUCAAACAGUGUCCCCCGGAAGAAUUUCUGAUCACCGGGAUAGAGCACGAUGAUGGCUGGGUCAUGGUCGAAGACGAAUUUUAUGCCGUGGCGCAAACAUACACUCAGCAUCUACAUUAUGCGGAGUAUCUCCGACGGAGGAAGGAAGUGAAAGCCAAGAAUGCUACCAUUCUUGGAGAUAUCGAGAGACCGACGGAUAAUCGUACUCCACUCCCAAAGGAGGCUGAAAGGAAAAGAGAACGGGAGGCUCUCAGGCAGCGACAGAAAGCUGGGCUGGCAUACGUCGAGGAUGGAGGGGUCAACGAGAUUGAUGACGACGACGAUAAAUUAUGGGCCGGGACACAUCUUCACGGCCUCAUGAUGAGCCCGCGAAAAACGCGCACUCUGGUUGGUUCUCAUUCACUAAAGUCAUCCACUCGAGCUGCGGCGGGGUUCAAGCAAGCCCCUGCAUCUGCGACCACAAGACCUCGGGUGGACAGUAUCGGCAGCGUAACCUCCGCGAUGAGAAGCCCCGGCAGUGAAGCGAUUGAAAUAAACGAAGAGACGGCAUCGGAUUCAGAUGACGAUCUUGACCAUCAGAGCCAGUCAGCCAUGCAGCCACCACCCCAAAAAGCAGAAUCCACUCCUCGACAUCACCAACUAGACUUGCAGACAACCCCUCGAGCUCAUCGUGAGUCAAAUCUACGCAACAACUCUACUUCAAAGGAGAAGGGGAAACAGCCAAAUGGGCGACCUAGUCCAACGCCUGCAUUCAAAUCAAGAGUUCAAUCGCUUUUUGAUGACCUUGAUGAACUACCGGAGUCAUCUCGGAUGAAUAAUUCUAUCGCCAAAACCAAAGCGCCUUCUGCAAGCCAACCACCUGAAACAGGCAGAAGAAACAAUUUGAAUCAUAAAAAAUCACGGCACAAUGAAGUGCCCACAUUCUUGGUGUGA